AUGCUCUCCCCGGACGCCCCAGAGCGUCGCGAUGCUCUCCCCGGACGCCCCAGAGCGUCGCUAUGCUCUCCCCGGACGCCCCAGAGCGUCGCGAUGCUCUCCCAGACGCCCCAGAGCGUCGCGAUGCUCUCCCCGGACGCCCCAGAGCGUCGCAAUGCUCUCCUCGGACGCCCCAAAACGUCGCGAUGCUCUCCCCGGACGCCCCAGAGCGUCGCGAUGCUCUCCCCGGACGCCCCAGAGCGUCGCGAUGCUCUCCCAGGACGCCCUAGAGCGUCGCGAUGCUCUCCCCGGACGCCCAAGAGCGUCGCGAUGCUCUCCCCGGACGCCCCAGAGCGUCGCGAUGCUCUCCCCAGCCGCCCUAGAGCGUCGCGAUGCUCUCCCCGGACGCCCCAGAGCGUCGCGAUGCUCUCCCCGGACGCCCCAGAGCGUCGCGAUGCUCUCCCCGGACGCCCCAGAGCGUCGCAAUGCUCUCCUCGGACGCCCCAAAACGUCGCAAUGCUCUCCCCGGACGCCCCAGAGCGUCGCGAUGCUCUCCCCGGACGCCCCAGAGCGUCGCGAUGCUCUCCCCGGACGCCCCAGAGCGUCGCUAUGCUCUCCCCGGACGCCCCAGAGCGUCGCGAUGCUCUCCCAGACGCCCCAGAGGGUCGCGAUGCUCUCCCCGGACGCCCCAGAGCGUCGCGAUGCUCUCCCCGGACGCCCCAGAGCAUCGCGAUGCUCUCCCCGGACGCCCUAGAGCGUCGCGAUGCUCUCCCGGGACGCCCAAGAGCGUCGCGAUGCUCUCCCCGGACGCCCCAGAGCGUCGCGAUGCUCUCCUCGGACGCCCCAGAGCGUCGCGAUGCUCUCCCCGGACGCCCCAGAGCGUCGCGAUGCUCUCCCCGGACGCCCCAGAGCGUCGCUAUGCUCUCCCCGGACGCCCCAGAGCGUCGCGAUGCUCUCCCCGGACGCCCCAGAGCGUCGCGAUGCUCUCCCCGGACGCCCCAGAGCGUGGCGAUGCUCUCCCCGGACGCCCCAGAGCAUCGCGAUGCUCUCCCCGGACGCCCCAGAGCGUCGCGAUGCUCUCCCCGGACGCCCAAGAGCGUCGCGAUGCUCUUCCCAGCCGCCCCAGAGCGGACGCCCCAGAGCGUCGCAAUGCUCUCCUCGGACGCCCCAAAACGUCGCGAUGCUCUCCCCGGACGCCCCAGAGCGUCGCGAUGCUCUCCCCGGACGCCCCAGAGCGUCGCGAUGCUCUCCCCGGACGCCCUUGAGCGUCGCUAUGCUCUCCCCGGACGCCCCAGAGCGUCGCGAUGCUCUCCCCGGACGCCCCAGAGCGUCGCGAUGCUCUCCCCGGACGCCCCAGAGCGUCGCGAUGCUCUACCCGGACGCCCCAGAGCGUCGCGAUGCUCUUCCCAGCCGCCCCAGAGCGGACGCCCCAGAGCGUCGCGAUGCUCUCCCCGGACGCCCCAGAGCGUGGCGAUGCUCUCCCCGGACGCCCAAGAGCGUCGCGAUGCUCUUCCCAGCCGCCCCAGAGCGGACGCCCCAGAGCGUCGCGAUGCUCUUCCCAGCCGCCCCAGAGCGGACGCCCCAGAGCGUCGCAAGCGUCGCUAUGCUCUCCCCGGACGCCCCAGAGCGUCGCGAUGCUCUCCCCGGACGCCCCAGAGCGUCGCGAUGCUCUCCCCGGACGCCCUAGAGCGUCGCGAUGCUCUACCCGGACGCCCCAGAGCGUCGCGAUGCUCUUCCCAGCCGCCCCAGAGCGGACGCCCCAGAGCGUCGCGAUGCUCUCCCCGGACGCCCCAGAGCGUGGCGAUGCUCUCCCCGGACGCCCAAGAGCGUCGCGAUGCUCUUCCCAGCCGCCCCAGAGCGGACGCCCUAGAGCGUCGCGAUGCUCUUCCCAGCCGCCCCAGAGCGGACGCCCCAGAGCGUCGCGAUGCUCUCCCCGGACGCCCCAGAGCGUGGCGAUGCUCUCCCCGGACGCCCAAGAGCGUCGCGAUGCUCUUCCCAGCCGCCCCAGAGCGGACGCCCCAGAGCGUCGCGAUGCUCUUCCCAGCCGCCCCAGAGCGGACGCCCCAGAGCGUCGCAGUGCUCUCCUCGGACGCCCCAAAACGUCGCGAUGCUCUCCCCGGACGCCCCAGAGCGUCGCGAUGCUCUCCCCGGACGCCCCAGAGCGUCGCGAUGCUCUCCCCGGACGCCCCAGAGCGUCGCGAUGCUCUCCCCGGACGCCCCAGAGCGUCGCUAUGCUCUCCCCGGACGCCCCAGAGCGUCGCGAUGCUCUCCCCGGACGCCCCAGAGCGUCGCGAUGCUCUCCCCGGACGCCCUAGAGCGUCGCGAUGCUCUACCCGGACGCCCCAGAGCGUCGCGAUGCUCUUCCCAGCCGCCCCAGAGCGGACGCCCCAGAGCGUCGCGAUGCUCUCCCCGGACGCCCCAGAGCACGCCCCAGAGCGUCGCGAUGCUCUUCCCAGCCGCCCCAGAGCGUCGAAAUGCUCUCCCCGGACGCCCCAGAGCGUCGCGAUGCUCUCCCCGGACGCCCCAGAGCGUCGCGAUGCUCUCCCCGGACGCCCCAGAGCGCCGCGAUGCUCUCCCCGGACGCCCCAGAGCGUCGCGAUGCUCUCCCCAGACGCCCUAGAGCGUCGCGAUGCUCUACCCGGACGCCCCAGAGCCUUGCGAUGCUCUCCCCGGACGCCCCAGAGCGUCGCGAUGCUCUCCCCGGACGCCCCAGAGCGUCGCGAUGCUCUCCCCGGACGCCCCAGAGCGUCGCGAUGCUCUCCCCGUACGCCCCAGAGCGUCGCGAUGCUCUCCCCGGACGCCCCAGAGCGUCGCGAUGCUCUUCCCAGCCGCCCCAGAGCGGACGCCCCAGAGCGUCGCAAUGCUCUCCUCGGACGCCCCAAAACGUCGCGAUGCUCUCCCCGGACGCCCCAGAGCGUCGCGAUGCUCUCCCCGGACGCCCCAGAGCGUCGCGAUGCUCUCCCCGGACGCCCCAGAGCGUCGCUAUGCUCUCCCCGGACGCCCCAGAGCGUCGCGAUGCUCUCCCGGACGCCCCAGAGCGUCGCGAUGCUCUCCCCGGACGCCCCAGAGCGUCGCAAUGCUCUCCUCGGACGCCCCAAAACGUCGCGAUGCUCUCCCCGGACGCCCCAGAGCGUCGCGAUGCUCUCCCCGGACGCCCCAGAGCGUCGCGAUGCUCUCCCCGGACGCCCCAGAGCGUCGCUAUGCUCUCCCCGGACGCCCCAGAGCGUCGCGAUGCUCUCCCCGGACGCCCCAGAGCGUCGCGAUGCUCUCCCCGGACGCCCUAGAGCGUCGCGAUGCUCUACCCGGACGCCCCAGAGCGUCGCGAUGCUCUUCCCAGCCGCCCCAGAGCGGACGCCCCAGAGCGUCGCGAUGCUCUUCCCAGCCGCCCCAGAGCGGACGCCCCAGAGCGUCGCAAUGCUCUCCUCGGACGCCCCAAAACGUCGCGAUGCUCUCCCCGGACGCCCCAGAGCGUCGCGAUGCUCUCCCCGGACGCCCCAGAGCGUCGCGAUGCUCUCCCCGGACGCCCCAGAGCGUCGCUAUGCUCUCCCCGGACGCCCCAGAGCAGCGUCGCGAUGCUCUCCUCGGACGCCCCAGAGCGUCGCGAUGCUCUCCCCGGACGCCCCAGAGCGUCGCGAUGCUCUCCCCGGACGCCCCAGAGCGUCGCUAUGCUCUCCCCGGACGCCCCAGAGCGUCGCGAUGCUCUCCCCGGACGCCCCAGAGCGUCGCGAUGCUCUCCCCGGACGCCCCAGAGCGUGGCGAUGCUCUCCCCGGACGCCCCAGAGCAUCGCGAUGCUCUCCCCGGACGCCCCAGAGCGUCGCGAUGCUCUCCCCGGACGCCCAAGAGCGUCGCGAUGCUCUUCCCAGCCGCCCCAGAGCGGACGCCCCAGAGCGUCGCAAUGCUCUCCUCGGACGCCCCAAAACGUCGCGAUGCUCUCCCCGGACGCCCCAGAGCGUCGCGAUGCUCUCCCCGGACGCCCCAGAGCGUCGCGAUGCUCUCCCCGGACGCCCUUGAGCGUCGCUAUGCUCUCCCCGGACGCCCCAGAGCGUCGCGAUGCUCUCCCCGGACGCCCCAGAGCGUCGCGAUGCUCUCCCCGGACGCCCCAGAGCGUCGCGAUGCUCUACCCGGACGCCCCAGAGCGUCGCGAUGCUCUUCCCAGCCGCCCCAGAGCGGACGCCCCAGAGCGUCGCGAUGCUCUCCCCGGACGCCCCAGAGCGUGGCGAUGCUCUCCCCGGACGCCCAAGAGCGUCGCGAUGCUCUUCCCAGCCGCCCCAGAGCGGACGCCCCAGAGCGUCGCGAUGCUCUUCCCAGCCGCCCCAGAGCGGACGCCCCAGAGCGUCGCAGUGCUCUCCUCGGACGCCCCAAAACGUCGCGAUGCUCUCCCCGGACGCCCCAGAGCGUCGCGAUGCUCUCCCCGGACGCCCCAGAGCGUCGCGAUGCUCUCCCCGGACGCCCCAGAGCGUCGCGAUGCUCUCCCCGGACGCCCCAGAGCGUCGCUAUGCUCUCCCCGGACGCCCCAGAGCGUCGCGAUGCUCUCCCCGGACGCCCCAGAGCGUCGCGAUGCUCUCCCCGGACGCCCUAGAGCGUCGCGAUGCUCUACCCGGACGCCCCAGAGCGUCGCGAUGCUCUUCCCAGCCGCCCCAGAGCGGACGCCCCAGAGCGUCGCGAUGCUCUCCCCGGACGCCCCAGAGCGUGGCGAUGCUCUCCCCGGACGCCCAAGAGCGUCGCGAUGCUCUUCCCAGCCGCCCCAGAGCGGACGCCCUAGAGCGUCGCGAUGCUCUUCCCAGCCGCCCCAGAGCGGACGCCCCAGAGCGUCGCAGUGCUCUCCUCGGACGCCCCAAAACGUCGCGAUGCUCUCCCCGGACGCCCCAGAGCGUCGCGAUGCUCUCCCCGGACGCCCCAGAGCGUCGCGAUGCUCUCCCCGGACGCCCCAGAGCGUCGCUAUGCUCUCCCCGGACGCCCCAGAGCGUCGCGAUGCUCUCCCGGACGCCCAAGAGCGUUGCGAUGCUCUCCCCGGACGCCCCAGAGCGUCGCGAUGCUCUCCCCGGACGCCCCUGAGCGUCGCGAUGCUCUCCCCGGACGCCCUAGAGCGUCGCGAUGCUCUCCCCGGACGCCCCAGAGCCUUGCGAUGCUCUCCCCGGACGCCCCAGAGCGUCGCGAUGCUCUCCCCGGACGCUCCAGAGCAUCGCGAUGCUCUCCCCGGACGCCCUAGAGCAUCGCGAUGCUCUCCCCGGACGCCCAAGAGCGUCGCGAUGCUCUCCCCGGACGCCCCAGAGCGUCGCGAUGCUCUCCCCAGCCGCCCCAGAGCGUCGCGAUGCUCUCCCCGGACGCCCCAGAGCGUCGCGAUGCUCUCCCCGGACGCCCCAGAGCGUCGCGAUGCUCUCCCCGGACGCCCCAGAGCGUCGCAAUGCUCUCCUCGGACGCCCCGAAACGUCGCAAUGCUCUCCCCGGACGCCCCAGAGCGUCGCGAUGCUCUCCCCGGACGCCCCAGAGCGUCGCGAUGCUCUCCCCGGACGCCCCAAAGCGUCGCUAUGCUCUCCCCGGACGCCCCAGAGCGUCGCGAUGCUCUCCCGGACGCCCCAGAGCGUCGCGAUGCUCUCCCCGGACGCCCCAGAGCGUCGCGAUGCUCUCCCCGGACGCCCCAGAGCGUCGCGAUGCUCUCCCCGGACGCCCUAGAGCGUCGCGAUGCUCUCCCCGGACGCCCCAGAGCGUCGCGAUGCUCUCCCCGGACGCCCCAGAGCGUCGCUAUGCUCUCCCCUGACGCCCUAGAGCGUCGCGAUGCUCUCCCCGGACGCCCCAGAGCGUCGCGAUGCUCUCCCCGGACGCCCCAGAGCGUGGCGAUGCUCUCCCCGGACGCCCCAGAGCAUCGCGAUGCUCUCCCCGGACGCCCCAGAGCGUCGCGAUGCUCUCCCCGGACGCCCAAGAGCGUCGCGAUGCUCUUCCCAGCCGCCCCAGAGCGUACGCCCCAGAGCGUCGCAAUGCUCUCCUCGGACGCCCCAAAACGUCGCGAUGCUCUCCCCGGACGCCCCCAGAACGUCGCAAUGCUCUCCCCGGACGCCCAAGAGCGUCGCGAUGCUCUCCCCGGACGCCCCAGAGCGUCGCGAUGCUCUCCCCGGACGCCCAAGAGCGUCGCGAUGCUCUUCCCAGCCGCCCCAGAGCGUACGCCCCAGAGCGUCGCAAUGCUCUCCUCGGACGCCCCAAAACGUCGCGAUGCUCUCCCCGGACGCCCCCAGAACGUCGCAAUGCUCUCCCCGGACGCCCAAGAGCGUCGCGAUGCUCUCCCCGGACGCCCCAGAGCGUCGCUAUGCUCUCUCCGGACGCCCCAGAGCGUCGCGAUGCUCUCCCCGGACGCCCUAGAGCGUCGCGAUGCUCUCCUUGGACGCCCCAGAGCGUCCCGAUGCUCUCCCCGGACGCCCCAGAGCGUCGCGAUGCUCUCCUCGGACGCCCCAGAGCGUCGCGAUGCUCUCCCCGGACGCCCCAGAGCGUCGCGAUGCUCUCCCCGGACGCCCCAGAGCGUCGCGAUGCUCUCGCCGGACGCCCCAGAGCGUCGCGAUGCUCUCCCCGGACGCCCCAGAGCGUCGCGAUGCUCUCGCCGGACGCCCCAGAGUGUCGCGAUGCUCUCCCCGGACGCCCCAGAGCGUCGCGAUGCUCUCCCCGGACGCCCCAGAGCGUGGCGAUGCUCUCCCCGGACGCCCCAGAGCAUUGCGAUGCUCUCCCCGGACGCCCCAGAGCGUCGCGAUGCUCUCCCCGGACGCCCCAGAGCAUCGCGAUGCUCUUCCCAGCCGCCCGAGAGCGGACGCCCCAGAGCGUCGCGAUGCUCUCCCUGGACGCCCCAGAGCGUCGCGAUGCUCUCCCCGGAUGCCCCAGAGCGUCGCGAUGCUCUCCCCGGACGCCCCAGAGCGUCGCGAUGCUCUCCCCGGACGCCCCAGAGCGUCGCGAUGCUCUCUCAAGACGCCCUAGAGCGUCGCGAUGCUCUACCCGGACGCCCCAGAGCCUUGCGAUGCUCUCCCCGGACGCCCCAGAGCGUCGCGAUGCUCUCCCCGGACGCUCCAGAGCAUCGCGAUGCUCUCCCCGGACGCCCUAGAGCGUCGCGAUGCUCUCCCCGGACGCCCAAGAGCGUCGCGAUGCUCUCCCUGGACGCCCCAGAGCGUCGCGAUGCUCUCCCCAGCCGCCCCAGAGCGUCGCGAUGCUCUCCCCGGACGCCCCAGAGCGUCGCGAUGCUCUCCCUGGACGCCCCAGCGCGUCGCGAUGCUCUCACCGGACGCCCCAGAGCGUCGCAAUGCUCUCCUCGGACGCCCCAAAACGUCGCGAUGCUCUCCCCGGACGCCCCAGAGCGUCGCGAUGCUCUCCCCGGACGCCCCAGAGCGUCGCGAUGCUCUCCCCGGACGCUCCAGAGCGUCGCUAUGCUCUCCCCGGACGCCCCAGAGCGUCGCGAUGCUCUCCCGGACGCCCCAGAGCGUCGCGAUGCUCUCCCCGGACGCCCCAGAGCGUCGCGAUGCUCUCCUCGGACGCCCCAGAGCCUUGCGAUGCUCUCCCCGGACGCCCUAGAGCGUCGCAAUGCUCUCCUCGGACGCCCCAAAACGUCGCGAUGCUCUCCCCGGACGCCCCAGAGCGUCGCGAUGCUCUCCCCGGACGCCCCAGAGCGUCGCAAUGCUCUCCUCGGACGCCCCAAAACGUCGCGAUGCUCUCCCCGGACGCCCCAGAGCGUCGCGAUGCUCUCCCCGGACGCCCCAGAGCGUCGCGAUGCUCUCCCCGGACGCUCCAGAGCGUCGCUAUGCUCUCCCCGGACGCCCCAGAGCGUCGCGAUGCUCUCCCGGACGCCCCAGAGCGUCGCGAUGCUCUCCCCGGAUGCCCCAGAGCGUCGCGAUGCUCUCCUCGGACGCCCCAGAGCCUUGCGAUGCUCUCCCCGGACGCCCUAG